AACAUCUCAGCAUCCUCCUCAUCUCCAUUGCCGUUCUCCUGUUCCUAACCACAGGACUUGUUUUAAUCAUAUUCCUUAAAUACCUAGAAACUCCCAUUGUGAAAGCCAACAACCGAGACCUUUCUUACAUUCUCCUGGUCUCCCUCCUAUUUUGCUUCUUGUCUCCUUUUCUCUUCAUUGGUCAACCAAGGAAAGCCACUUGCCUUCUCCGACAAACAGUUUUCAGCAUCGUCUUCUCAGUUGCCGUUUCUUCUCUCUUGGCCAAAACCAUCACAGUGGUGCUGGCCUUCCUGGCCACAAAACCAGGAAACCGAGUGAAGAGAUGGUUGGGGAAGAACUUGGCCAACUGCAUCAUCCUUUCUUGUUCUAAUGUCCAAAUUAUGAUCUGCUCCAUCUGGUUGGGAAUUUCUCCCCCAUUCUGUGACUUGGACUUCCAUUCCCAGCCUGGAGAGAUCAUCCUGCAAUGCAAUGAAGGCUCUGUUUUCAUGUUCUACAUCACCCUCAGCUACAUGGGCUUCCUGGCUGCCAUCUGCUUCACAGUGGCUUUCCUGGCCCGGAAUCUCCCUGGAGCCUUCAAUGAAGCCAAGCUGAUCACCUUCAGCAUGCUG